AUGAGUCAUAAUAACACCCAUGAAUUUUGUUAUGGUGAGAUGAUUGAUUCUGCAUAUCGUUGGGGAUCAGAUGUUUCCCCUCUUCAUAUUAUUGUUCCACAACUUGUUUUACAGAUGGCUUUGGCUAUUGCUGUCAAUCAUGGCCUGCAUCUUGUUUUUCAAUAUUUUGGGCAGCCUAAAUUUGUGUCUAAUAUCCUGACCGUGUUGGCACUCAGUCCAUCAACCUUGAAUAAAAUCAAUCAAAAUCUGGGAACAAUGAUAAUGCCAGCAAAAUCAUUGACAGUUCUUAAAACAGUAGCAAACUUGGGACUUCUAUAUGCAACUUUUAUUGAAGCUUUACAAGCAGAUCCAAAUCCAAUCUCACAAACAAGAAUCAAAACGUUAUGUCUCUCAUUAUUCGUAUUCACCUUACCUUUCAUGUGUGGAUACACCUUAUAUUGGUUAUUCCAAAAACUUGUUAGACAUCAGCUAAAAUCGGAUGGGCUAACAAUAAGUCCUAUAUAUUGGGGUGCAGCCGUAACAGGCACAGGGUUCGCAACCUUGGCUCCAAUCUUAAGCAUGCAUAAACUAUUAUGCACUCGAGUUGGACAAGAAGCCUUACUAGUCGGAUUGUUCAAUAGCUUUUGUACUACAGGACUUAUCAAUAUUACUUUAGCUUUCUCGACUUCUUCAAAUGAUGAUAUAAUGGAUAUUGACAUAACAGGAACUUGUUACACACUGUUGUUUAUGGUCGUAUACAUGUUAUUCUGCUAUAUGGUGAUAAAACCCGCAAUUUCAAAGAUGGCUAGUUAUGCACCCGAGGGUAAAAACUACAGUAAUUAUGUUGUUGAAAUGAUAUUGUUUUUGGUAUUGGCAUGUGGACUUUUUAUGGAUUAUAUUGGUUCUCAUUUUAUCUUUGGAGCUUAUGUAUUAGGGAGAAGUAUUCCUCCUGGGAUUUUGACUAGAGCAUUGAUAGAGAAGAUGGAAGAUUGUGUUAAUGGUGUUUUAUUGCCACUUUAUUUUAUGGUAAUUGGGGUUAAAAUAGAUGUGAUCAAACUCAUUUUGAACUUCAAAUACACUUGGGUUCUUGCAUUGGGUGUUUUAGCAAAACUGUUUUCUGCACUUCUAAGUGGAGUUUUAUGUAAUCUACCUCUUGCUGAUAGCUUGCCUCUUGGAGUUCUCUUAAGUGCUAAAGGGCUCCUACCAUUAGCUCUUCUUAAUAUUGGAUAUGAAAGAGGGCAUUUAACAGGUGACUCAUUUUUCAUGGCAUUCCUAAUAAUAUUAGUAUCAACAAUCUUGGUGGGACCAAUAAUGAGCAUUGGAUACAAACAAAUAAGAAAGAAUAAUCCAUUGUAUACUCAAAGAAGCAUAGAAGGAGUCUUAUUUUCAGAUAAACUUAGAUUAAUUACAUGCCUUCAUACUUCAAGUAAUAUCCCAAGCAUCAUAAACCUCUUAGAAAUCACCAACAUUAAAAAUCAUUUUCCAGCAUUAGUUCAUGUUACUCACCUUGUUGAGCUAGUCGGCCAUGCAUCCGCCAUGUUUAUAGAACACAAAUCUCAUGAUUCAUUCAUCAACAAAAUUGGUUCUAGAAUCUUCUUCGAUCGAGCAAAAGAACAAUCCCAGAAGAUCAUCAAAGCAUUUGAUGAAUACAAAGAACAACAUAAUAAUUCAGCAUUAUUCAAGUAUUUAACUAUUGUUUCUCCUAUCAAGACAAUGCAUGAAGAUAUAUGCAAUCUUGCUGAAGAUAAAUCAACAGCACUAAUACUUCUCUCCCAUCAUAAACAACAAGGAAUAGAUGGAAAAUUAGAGGUGACAGAUAUUGAAUUUGGAGGAGUAAACCAGAAGGUGUUAGAAAUGGCUCCUUGUUCAGUUGGCUUAUUAGUAGAUCGUGGAUUAAGAAUACAUUCUUUAUCUUUUAUAGACCAUUCUUUUAGCUGUAACAAACCCAAUUAUGAACAAAUACAAAUCAUUAUGAUAUUUAUAGGAGGCCCAGAUGAUAGAGAAGCAUUAACAUAUGCAUGGAGAAUGGCUGGUCAUCAAUCAGCCAAUCUUACAGUAAUUCAAUUUCUUGAAGGGGAAAAUGUAAUGGAUUCUGAUCAGUUUUUUGAUUAUGUUAAAUGGUUUGGUGGGUAUGAUGAUGAAGAUAUUUUAACAAUAGAUGAAGAAAAUCAAAGGGAAUAUCAAUUUGAUGAUGAAUUUUUGAGGAAUUUUCAAGAAAGAAUUUAUGAAGAUGAAUCAAUAAGUUUUAUUCAAAUGGUGGUUAAUAAUGGGGAAGAAAUCAUUAGUUCAUUAAAAAAUUUGGAUAUUGAUGUAGAUUUGUAUGUAAUUGGAAGAGGAAAAUAUAGAUUUUCUUUGUUGACAAUUGGGUUGCUUGAAUGGAGUGAGUGUAAAGAAUUAGGGCCAUUAGGGGAUACUUUAGUAGAAUGUGAUUUUACAUCUAAUAUAUCCUUACUUGUAAUGCAACAAUAUAAUAGUGUUACUAGUAAUACAAGUAUUAGGAGAUUAAAUAAGAAAAAAAUUGAGGACAAUUCUUCUAGUGAAGAAGAUAAAUCCGAGAUGAUCGGAGAAGAAUUUCAAUCAAAAAUGGCAUCCGCGGAAGAGGAAGAAGAAACAGAGACUAGAAACGAGAAAAAUAGCCUCGAAUACAGAGACGAUCUUGAACAGAAAAUCAUAGAAGAAGGAUAA